AUGCAACAAAUCACACUUCCGUAUCCAUUCGCUUGGUACCAGGUGAAAUAUGAAUGUGGCACUAAUCGGACUUUUUUUCUCUCACAGGAGGGACACCGCCACGCUGGUGUCUUCGUUGCCCGUGGUGGUAAGGAGGAUCUGCUUGUCACCAAGAACCUGACCCCCGGUGAGGCUGUGUAUGGUGAGAAGCGUAUCUCUGUUGAGGCCCCCGCCGGUGACGAUGACGCUGUCACCAAGGUCGAGUACCGUGUCUGGAACCCCUUCCGAUCCAAGCUUGCUGCUGGUAUCCUGGGUGGUUUGGACAACAUUUACAUGAAGCCCGGCUCUAAGGUUCUCUACAUCGGUGGUGCCAGCGGUACCUCCGUCUCUCACGUUGCUGAUAUUGUCGGUCCCACCGGUAACGUCUAUGCUGUUGAGUUCUCCCACCGUUCUGGCCGUGACCUGAUUGGCAUGGCUACUCACCGCACCAACGUCAUCCCCAUUGUUGAGGAUGCCCGUCACCCUCUCCGCUACCGCAUGCUUGUGCCCAUGGUCGAUGUCAUCUUCGCCGAUGUUGCCCAGCCUGACCAGGCCCGUAUCGUUGGCCUGAACGCUCACAUGUUCCUCAAGGACCAGGGUGGUGUUCUGAUCUCUAUCAAGGCCAGCUGUAUCGACAGCACGGCUGCUGCCGAUGUUGUGUUCUCCCGCGAGGUUCAGAAGAUGCGUGAGGAGAAGAUUAAGCCUAAGGAGCAGCUGACCCUGGAGCCCUUCGAGCGUGAUCACUGUAUUGUCGGUGGUAUCUACUCCCGUUCCUCAUAA